ACCCCGCCCCUCUCCCAGGCGGAAGUGCCCUCAGCGCCCCGCCCCUUUCCCCCCGUUGGGGCCGCGGGGGGAUUUUGGGGACAGAAACGGUGAUUUUGGGCCGCCCGAGGUGAUUUUUUGGCGCAGCUCGGAGCGUUUUGGGGCCGUUUGGAGCCGUUUCGAGACGUUUCCAGGCGCUUCCGUGUCGGGCCCCGCCGCCAUUUUUCCUCCGGGGGCGGCGCUCAGGCCGGAGGGCGUCGCUUUGUGGUCUUUCGGUGACGUCACUUCCGGCGGCGCUCUGGCGGUUCCGGCGCGACUCGUUGGUUCCGGCGCGCGGCGAACGGGGGUGACUUUGAGGAGCGGAGCCAUGGCCGAGGACAUCAAGGCCAAGCUGGAGCGUUACAAGACGGCGCCGUUCGACUCCCGCUUCCCCAACCAGAACCAGACCAAGAACUGCUGGCAGAACUACCUGGGUGAGACCCCAAAAACCCCCAAAACCACCCCAAAAACACACCUGGGACCCCCAAAAUACACCUGGGAGCCUGAAACACCCCAAAAACACCCCAAAAAACUCA